GGAGAAAGAGGACGACGGUGAAACUGAGAGGGAGCAUUUGGGAGGAAGAUCCAUGAAUUACUCAAAUUCGCUUGUGGAGUCAGGCUUGCCUUGCCUCUUCUGCUUCUUUGGGUAUCAGGUAUGAGGCUGCGGCACUGGUGCAUGCUGGGGGUGACUGCCCUGCUGCUUCUGUGUGAGAUAGCGGUCAGUCAGCUGUGUAAGUCUCUGAUCACCAUGGUGGAUGGCUUCCAUACACUUUUCAUCCUCAUGCAAAUGGCGCUCCUUCAAACUAAAGGCAUCAUAAAACCUCACAUCCACUCCUUCGAUGCUUCUCCAUCUUCCCCGCAUGACUCCUUCACUUUAGAGGCAUUUCCUCACCCAUCUGCUGAACUUCCACCUGGAGCUCUAUCUGACGUCGAGCAGCCCAAGCAGGACCCUCCAUCAAUGGUUAAUCCACACAAACGUUUCACCCCAGGAGCUCCAAACUGCAGUCUGUCCUUCCCCAACAGCAGGAUCCAGGUUGUCGGUGUUUUCAUUUCCUCCCUUGUCUUGGUUUCUCUCUGUGUCUCCUACUGCUUGGAAAUUAUUAGUUUUAUUGUGAAGCCCCACCCGGUUCAGCACCCACUAAUACCAGUGGUGGUUGGAGCUGGGAGUCUGCUUUAUAAGUUGCUCCUGUUUAUUCUGGACUGUGAUGAGCUGCAGGAUAAAAAGGCAGAGAUCUGCAGCCGCAUCAGGACCGAACCUCACCUUUAUAUAAAUCACAAAGAGGAGUCCCGAGGCCUGGAGGAAGAGGAGCUUUCUGGCCCAUCCAAAGUUCAAAUUGCAACACACAACUGUUUCCACAGUGAGGCACUUGUACUCUGCAACCCAGGAACUCUCAAUCUGCCUGACCAUGGCUGCAAAACUGGCCUGCUGGAAAUUGGUGAAGGAGAGAGCAGUGCUGCACAUUCUGAGAGCGAGGGUCCAAAGCACCAACCUUGCAUGGGACAUUCUGACUAUGAAAAUAUACCUGAAGCCUCCUUGGUGUGCCAGUCAUCCUCUGGAUGGAGCUGCCUCUGCCUCCUGUCCUUCAUCUUUUUCUUUCAGGGACUCUUCACAUCCCUCCUGGCUCUAAUCAACAGCAUAGUGACAGUGUUGAUUGGCCCACAGCUCCUGCACUGCUCUGGAGCCUGCAGCAUCCUCAUCUAUCUAGAUCCUUGCCUCUCCCUGCUAGCUGGCAUUACGCUGAUCGUGACAUCUCUACCACAGGUUCACAGAUACGGCAUGCUGCUUCUUCAGGCCUCACCUCCACACAUAUGUGUUUCUAAUGUAGGGCGGAGGAUUGCCAGCGUUCCUGGGGUGCAGGCUAUACAUGAACUUCACAUCUGGCAGUUAACUGAAUCGCUCACGGUGGCCUCUGUCCAUGUGCACUGCAACGCUGGUUUUCCUCCAAACAGGUGUGCUGAUCUGAUGUCAAGUGUCACUAAAGUGUUGCAGAGUGUGGGUGUGAGCUGCUGCACCGUUCAGCCAGAGUUUACAUCUCCAUCUUCCCCAGUCAGAGGAGAUGAAGCCUCUACCUUCAUCCACGGAGAGGAGCCCUACUCUCCUCCUCUCCAACCGUGCAGCCUGGCCUGUGGGAAGGCCUGCGCCUCCAGUAUGUGCUGUUCCCUCCAAGAGGAGAAGGAGGAGGAGUCCAGGAGUGCCCAGAGACAACCCGCUGGAGAAACAAAUGAGGAACCUCAGACUAUGAUCAUUGAGAACACAGUCCUCUAACUCAGAGAUCUGGAACCUUUAAAAUCCAAAGAGCCAUUUAAGUCUGACUGAUUAAAAAUUGUUUAAAGCUGCAGUUAUUGAGGCUUUGCUGAUUGAUGAUGGCCAUUUGAUAAAUAACAACUUGAUAUUAUUUUGCAUUAUGAUGUGUAGAUUUUCUUCUAUAGAAUAUUAUUUUAUGUUAAACAAAAAAUAAAACAAUAACACAUAAUUGCCAAGCUAACGACAAGAAACAAUAUUUUUUUGUUAUUUUAAUGUUAUUCUGUUGUGAAAAUUUAAUCAAAUAUUAUCUUUUAAACCCAGUAAUGCCUCUAAGAUUGGCAUAUAUUAUUCUACUACAUUAGUUGUGUCUUUUUAGGCCACUAUUAGGAGUCAUUGUAGAGUUUCCAAAAAGGAACUUGUGGCUCCAGACCCCUGCAGAACCCUGUUCUGUUUAAGACUGAUAUAAAGGUGGAGACAAAAAAAAAAACAGUGUUAAAAGAGUAUUAGUUUUAUGAUGAAUAUGAAAUAUUCCAAAGAUUUUUUUUUUUUUUUUUGUUGCUUUGUAUGCUGCUAGAAGUUUCAUUCUUUUAAAUGCCUCUACUGAAGUUGGAUUUAGUGCAGAAUUUAGCAAUUAUGUUAAUUUGUUUUUUCUUAAGUUUUUGAUGUACAGAAAUGUGUUUGAAUAAAAUUAACCUUUCAUGUUUUAUUUUGUAAAAAAAAUGCAAACAUUAUGGUCAAAUUCCAAAUAUAGUCAUUGUAAACUUUUGUCUGCAGUAAAUAUUACUACAUGUCUACAAACAACCGUUUUCACUUGAAAAUAGUUCACGAUUAUUUGGUGCAGGCCCUCCACUACUGUUGUUGUUUUUUGUUUGUUUUUUACACAAAAUAAUAUGAAAAAAGUUUAAAAAAUAUAAAUACUGUACAGUAA